ACAUUAUAGGGAGAGAGGGAUUGUCAGCUGAAGAAUUGUUAGAGGUUGGGAGUUACAAUGCAUUGCUGCAGACUUCAUUGCCAGAACAGUUAAAGUUCUACAAGGCAGAGGAGGAGAGUUUUGAGUCAUCUCAUGAUGCAUUUCGAUCGGCGUUCCCUCGCGGGUUUGCGUGGGAGGUCAGUGCUGUAUACUCAGGGCCCCCUGUGGUUGCUUUCAAGUUCAGGCAUUGGGGUUAUUUCGAAGAUCUUUCAAAGGUCAUUCCCCUACUGGAGAGUUGCUUCAAUUUUAUGGGGUUGGAAUCAUGAAGGUUGAUGAAUCUUUGAGGGUGGAAGAAAUUGAGAUAUAUUAUGACCCAACAGAACUUUUCGGUGGGCUUUUGAAAGGAACACAAGUAUCAAGUUCAAGAGUUGAGAAGUGUCCAUUUCACAAGUAAAAGGGUUUGGUUGUCCCACUAAUUAAACCAAAUUCUCGUAUGCUACUCAAUAUGUGUUUCUCUCGCCCCGUGUUGUUAUCAAAUUUUACAAAUGUUUAACCUAAUGUUUGGAAUUACAUGUCUUCUAUGCAAAGAACCUAUUUUUAAGAACUAUACUAUGUGCUUUGUGUUCUGUUGGCGUAUAUUGUAUACAAAUGGGCUUAGACUUAGUCAAUAGGUCUAGGUUGUAGCUAUGUUUUUUGCACACAUCGCUCUCAUUUCUUUAGUUCUAUUCAAACUUAAUUUAUAUUUUCACAUCGCGUUUAUCUUUCCAUUUUUAGAUUUAAUUUAUACAUUGAAGUUAGUUUCAAAGAUCAUCCGCAGCUUCUGUACAUAUAUUUAUCUCUUUCUUAGCCUGGCCAAUGGCAGAAAUGAAAGAUGCACACGUCGUUGUUGAGAUCCCAGUAGAGGGUGAGAAUCAACAGAAGACAUCGUGCCUCGCAGCAAUCCAACACCACCCAUUAAUGGAGAUCUCGCGAAGCCCGGGCCAUCUCCUACUCCUCAAGCUCUGGCAGAGAGAGGAGGGCAUAUUCGGCCGCAAAAUCGCCGCAAAAGAGGCCCGGAUCGACUUCCUCCGGCGCGAGAUCUUCCAGAUCUGCUGCUCCUUCUUCGUGUUCUCCGCGAUCUGCUUCACGGUACUGUUCACGGCGUACUCGGAUGAGGGCAAAUCGCCCGGCGCCUGCCGGAAAGGGUGGAUCCCUUCGGCGGCACUCGCUUGCACUUCGCUAUUCGUUGCUUUUAUCGUACAUGUUAAGAUCUGCAGGUUCUGGAAGACGUGCGAGCAGCUGCAGAGGCUGAGGAGCGACGGCAGGUGCGUGGGGAGAUGUGUUCAGGAGCUGAGGAUGAAAGGGGAGAGCUUCGAUCUGUCCAAGGAGCCGGCGUUCGCCGGGAAGAAGAUGAAGAGCUCCAGCGUGGAGAUCCGGAUAUGGAAGAAGCCUCUCACUUGGUGCUCUCACUAUGCUGUGACCGUUUUCCUUGUUUGUUUUUCAGGUCUGCUCUUCACUGCCUCAGAGUUCAUGCGCAGCUGCUGAAGGGAAAUCUGGAGAAUCGAAUUCGUCACUCGCCCAGUGACGAUAUAAUGACUGCAAGCAGAGCAGAGGAAAUAGCUUGGAUUGCCCAAGUUUGAUGGAUCUAUAUGUGCUUUCCUGCAACUACCAAAUUUCUCUCUUAUUUUUAUGGCACGCGGAAGAGAGAGUGAACUGAAUCAACUCCUUGAUGCUGCUGCCUGAAGCAAUGAUUGAAAUUUGGAAGGGAAACGCAAGGAAGGGCCGGCGGCUUGGCAUUACACCCAACCAAAGUGAAUGCCGAUAUGCAAUUUACCCCAAUCUGCAGAGCUCUGGUGUCCAAAUAAAUAUCUUCAAACCCAGAAGGGACAUUUUCUUCCAACCAUUUCCUCAUAUUUGCAACGAGGAAGCUCCCAUCAUUCUAUAUCUUGGCUAUAGGCGAGGGUUUACAUUACAAACAAUGAUUAGAAACCAAAGUCAUGUUGAUGAAAGGUAGACUUAUAUAGAAAGAGUUAACUAAUACUCUGAAUCCGUGUACAUGUUUGACUUUUUUGAGUCAAGUUAAAUGAACUUUUAACUUUAAG